AUGGUUGCCCAAGUCCAAAAGCCAGCCCCAGAGUUCAAGAAGACCGCUGUCAUUGACGGUGUUUUCGACGAAGUUUCCCUAGAAAAAUACAAGGGUAAGUACGUUGUCUUGGCCUUCAUUCCAUUGGCCUUCACCUUCGUGUGCCCAACUGAAAUCAUUGCCUUCUCUGAAGCUGCCAAGAAGUUCGAAGAAAUUGGUGCUCAAGUUUUGUUCGCUUCCACUGACUCCGAAUACUCCUUGUUGGCAUGGACCAACGUUGCUAGAAAGGACGGUGGUCUAGGUCCAGUCAACAUUCCAUUGAUUGCUGACACCAACCACUCCUUGUCCAGAGACUACGGUGUCUUGAUCGAAGAAGAAGGUAUUGCCUUGAGAGGUUUGUUCUUGAUCGAUCCAAAGGGUAUUGUGAGACACAUCACCAUCAACGACUUGCCAGUCGGUAGAAACGUUGAAGAAGCUUUGAGAUUGGUCGAAGGUUUCCAAUGGACCGACAAGAACGGUACCGUCUUGCCAUGUAACUGGACUCCAGGUUCCGCUACCAUCAAGCCAGACGUCGAAGCUUCUAAGGAAUACUUCGCUGCCGCUAACAAGGAAUAA